AUGGCAGACCUAACAAUUGAACACACCGAACAUAUCUUACAACGAGAUAUUAUCAUGCCAACCACUCUCAAAAAGUUUCGCAGGGAGAUCCUGAAGUCUUUAUGUCAAAAGUUCCAACUAUCUGUCCCCUCCACUGCCAAAAGAAACCACGUGGAGCCUACCAAAACCGACUACGAGAAUGCUCUGAUAAAUUUUGUGUUGGGUACGCAUGAAGAUAGUCAAGCCGAUAUUGAGAUGGGUAUUGAGACGGUGGCGGUCGAUAUGCGGAGCUUGCCUUUAGAACCUCUCCUGGUGGACAAAGACGAAGCUGCACGAAGCAUUCCUGAAGUUCCCCAUCACAUACUCCGCGUUUUGGAUCCACGGAAGCUACGGCCGUUUCUCGAGUACAAGGUGAACAUGCUCGAAGCUGACGACAUUGACUUGCUCUUCAAACAUGGCUACCUAUGUUUCAACCAGAAAAGCAUCACUGACGGGUUUUUCCUUGGGUUCCAACCGUACCCUAACGGCACGCCCUGGAGACAACAUUGA